GUUAAAAAAAAAAAGUAUUUAUUGCUUAGACCCAAUUUUCUUUUCUUUCUUUUUUUUUUUUUUGUAUGCUGUCUCUCCCUUGAGAUCGUGCACUCCUUGAGAGCAGGUGUUUUGCUUCUUUUUGUAGGCUUAGUGCUUAGUACAGUGCCUGGCACAUUAGCACACAUCAAUAAAUGUUUAUUGGUUAAUUGACUGAUCUCUAUUUCCAGAGAAACAAAAGAAGAGAAAUAGUCUUUGACUUUUGAUGAGACUUACUGCAGAAGAUGAGUUUCAAGGUAACGGUUUGCCUUGGGAUAGAACUUCAAAGGGCUGUCUGAUUUUUUCCCCAGGUGCCCAAGGUGGUUCAGUUGCCAAGACCCUCCUGGAAGAUGGGACGUUCAGAGUCCGUGUGGUGACUCGAAAUCCCCAGCAGAAAGCUGCCAAACAUCUGAAGCAUCAAGGAGCAGAGGUGGUACAAGGAGACCAGAACGAUGAGAAGAGCCUGGAGCCGGCUCUGGCAGGGGCUUAUGCAGCUUUCAUCGUGACCAACUACUGGGAGAAUCUCGACCAAGAGCAGGAGAUUAAGCAGGGAAAACUCCUAGCUGAUCUGUCCAAGCGCCUGGGCUUGAGUUACGUGGUCUACAGUGGACUGGAGAAUGUGAAGAAGUUGACGGGUGGCCAGCUGAUAGUCAGGCACUUUGAUGGCAAAGGAGAAGUUGAGGAAUACUUCCGGGCUUUGGAUGUGCCAAUGAUCAGUGUCCGGCUUCCCUGCUACUUUGAAAACCUUCUCACCUACUUCCUACCCCAGAAAGCCCCUGAUGGAAAUGGCUACUUGCUGAGUCUGCCCAUGGGUGAUGUCCCAAUGGAUGGAAUGGCAGUGGCUGACCUGGGUCCUGUGGUGCUCAGCCUGCUGAAGUCCCCAGAAGGCUACGUGGGUCGAAACAUUGGACUGAGCACCUGCAAGCAUACAGCCACAGAGUAUGCUUCCCUUCUCUCUAAAUACACUGGGAAAACUGUGCAUGAUGCCAAGACCUCACCUGAGGAUUAUGAGAAGCUUGGCUUCCCUGGGGCACAGGAGCUGGCCAACAUGUUCCGGUUCUAUACCAUGAAUCCAGACCGAGAUGUGGAAUUGACCUUCAAACUCAACCCCAAAGCCAGAACUCUGGAACAGUGGUUGGAAGAGAAUAAAAAGGCUUUUGCAGACCUAUGAAUACUUCUACUGCUACCUUCCCAUCACCACCACCUUAGCCCAGUAUCUUAGCAAUUAGCCCCUGCUGGCUUGUUUUGUUCAUUGUUUUAUGGCUAUUGUACUUAACCCUGUAGUUUCUAAAAUAAAAUGCUUUCUUUCUA